UUUUAAAAAAAUUGUAUUUUGAUGAUCAAAUAUAAUUAUAUUUUUUUUGUUCACAUCAUCUUUGAAAUAAGCGAGAGCGAAGAAGUGAGAAAAAAAUUGGUUUUCGAAGAUAAAGACGAAGAUGAAGAUGAAGAUGAUGAUGAAGGCAAAAAACAGAAAAAAGAAAAUGUUUUUGCUUUCUGUUCAAACUGCAAUACACAGGCAGAUGUUUUCUGUCCUGUCUGUAUUCAGAUUGUAAAAUCUAAUAAUAAAAUGAAAAUUAAAGUUGAUAAGGACGGCAAUCUUGAAUCAGCUGAUAAAUGUACGGCGUGCUCCACGUUGGCCCGAUGCAAGAAAUGCCGCAAUAUCAGCGAAAUGAGUGAAAAUGUGUCUCUUGAGGGAAAUAAUUCCUCUAGUUCUCCCUGUAGACAUUGCACAGGGAAUGAUAAUCAGGAAGGAAAGUUUACCCUGAGUAAGAUAAUUCAGGCAAUCAUCAGUCUUAUCAUUGGGACAUCAACCAGCAGGACCAGGAAAAGAUAUGAUAAAUUGGCGCAAACAGAGGAAAGGGGAAGUGUUAGCGAAGUAACAUGCAGUACAGACACAGAACAGGAUGCGCACACAGUACAGUACAAUCAGUACAAGGAUUGGGAAUUGGGUCAGUGAAUUUUCAUUAUCAUUUGUAUUAUUAUUAUCAUUAUUAUUAUUAAUUUUGUUAAUAUUGUUGUUAUUAUUAUUAUUUGUUGCGCUGGGACAAAUUCAAAGAUUUAUUGAAACAUGGAAAAACAGGAGAAUAGAAGGAAUAUCAUAAGUUGUAGUAGUUUAUUUGAGUCCACAGAGAUGAAGAUAGCAGGGACACGAAAAUAUGCCCCUUUAGUAAAAGUAAAUUCAACCUAUAUGCAGCAUAAAGUCUGACCGCAUCAACCAUGU